CUGGUUAGAAUAUUUUUUGUUGUGUUCAUGUAGCCGCUAAGCUUUCAGACGCUGAAAGCUUGUUAACCUGUUGCGCAGAAUAUAAAUGAGCCUUUUACCAAAGUCUCACGAAGAAUUUAGUCACAAGGAUUUCUGGAAUUCGUUUUUCAAGAAACGGGGAACCAGGGCUUUUGAGUGGUACGGAGAGUACCCGGAACUAUCUGGCCUGUUGCACAAAUAUAUCAAGCCAAAGGACAUUAUUCUUAUGAUAGGUUGUGGAAAUUCCUCACUGAGUGCAGAUUUAUAUGAUGUUGGCUACAGGCAUCUAACAAAUAUAGACAUUAGUUAUGUUGUUAUACGGCAGAUGAUUGAAACACAUGGCAAGGAUCGGCCAGAUAUGGUUUAUCAGCAGAUGGAUGCCUUACAUAUGACAUUCGAUGAUAAUGAGUUCAGUGUUGUUCUCGACAAAGGAACACUUGAUGCUUUGAUGCCAGACAACAGUGAAGAAGUUCAGAAGAGAAUAGAUAAAUUAUUCAGUGAGAUAGAUCGUGUCCUACGGAUGGGUGGCCGUUAUGUCUGUGUCUCUUUACUUCAAGAACACAUUCUUCUGAAACUGUUGGAGUACUUCCCAGCUGCAGGGUGGAUGUUCAGAGUUUGCAGGUGUAUUGAAGCUGAAAGAAAAUCACCUGAUGGAGAUGGGCCUGCCUUCCCCGUUUUUGUAGUAAUUUGCACUAAGUUCAAGAAACUGGCCAAUGCAACACCAGUUCUGGAAGUGUGCUUUACUUGUGAACAAAUUCAGAGAGUAAAAACACAAUCAGAUGUUGUUAUUGCUGUGAGGUCUGUGCAGCAGUCGGCAAUGGUGUGUGCCCGAUUGAGUCGUGGCACUGUUGCAGGCCAUGGUGAGGUAUCUUUAGAUUUGCAUCGACCUAAUGAAGAUACACCACGUUAUACUGUUUAUGUACUGGAUCAGCCAUACUCGAGAGAGACUAGUCGUCGCUUCGCAGCUUUCAUUGUACCACAAGGAAGAGAAACUGAGUGGCUGUUUGCAACCCCAGAAGGCAGAGUUGCAUUGCUAAAGUCUGCUGGCUUUGACAGGCUGGCAGUAGUAGCAUUACAUAGAGAUCACACAUAUAAGGGUUUGGAUGCAGUACAGGAAGAAUUGUGUGACAGUAUCUUGCACUUAGCGCCGCCAGGAUGUCGACAGGGUAAUCAGAUUCCCUUCCUAUCAGUUGGAUCUGAUGUUGGCCGUAGAGAAGUCUGUUACCGAGGCCAUAGUCAAAUGUCAGGUGACUUUGUGGUAGAAGAAGCUGAAGGUGAUGGUGGAAAACUAUUUAGAAGACUUAUUUUCCUGAACAAUCAAGGCACAGUACAAUCAGAAGCUCGUUUGAAGAUACUAAAAUCGAGGAAAGGAAAGCCGAAGAAAGUGGUUGACAUUGGAUAUUUGGCUAGUGACUACCUCAUUUAUAUGACUGUUGGAGUGGCUCUGGCAGCACCAGAAAAUUCAGUGUGUCAUGUAGCAGUAAUUGGUCUGAGAGGUGGUGGUCUAUGCAGUUUCAUACAACACUGUUUUACAAAGAUUCGAAUAACAGCUGUAGAUAUAGACCCAGUUAUGUUGGAAAUUGCAACAAAUUAUUUUGGGCUGGUUCAAGAUGAGCGCUUGGGCGUAUACAUUCGUGAUGGCAUUCAGUAUAUUCAACAGGCAGCAGAGAAGGGUACAACAUUCGACGUAGUGUUGUUUGAUGUUGACAGUAAGAAUCAUACACUUGUUAUGAGCUGCCCUCCAAAGGAAUUUCUGGAGCCAGAUGUUCUGCAGGCAGUUAAAACAUGCAUUGGAGAGACAGGGUUCUUCGUGCUGAAUCUUGUGUGCCCAAAUGUGGAUUUGAGGAUGCAGGCACUCAAGAACCUCACUGCAGUCUUCGACUCUGUAAGCUCUUUCAAACUUGAACAAGAAGUUAGUGAAAUAGUGUUUUGUUGUGGCUUUAAGGUUGUAACUGGUGAUGAGUGGCGUAGUUUGAUUGAAGCUGCUGCGGUAAAAGUUAAUGCUCUUGCAAAGAAGCGAAAAUUGCAGACAGAUAAUUUGGUCGAUGUCACUAACCUUGUCAGUUCCCUUCAAAUUAGUACAUGAAUCCUGAAGAAGUAAUUGAAAUAGCUGUUACAACAUGGUGACUUCAUUGUUGUGAUAAAAGUAUAUACUGUGGAGUUUCGAAGCUAUACUGAAAG